UCUGUCCUGCCCGGACUACUGGAAGCGACCGCAACGCCAUGUUGGCGAAGUCUCUCAUCUCUGUAAGGAAAAAAAUGAUGGAAAACAUACUUGUCGAGAAGAAAAGGUAGAUCGCCGAGGAAGGCUGAAGACCGUGGCGGUUAUUUAUUUUGAACGAAACGAACCGAACCGGAUCCGCGGAGGUUCCGGACGGACGAGGGAGGCUAAACCUCCCACCGUCCCCAUGAAUAGCACCGCUGAUCCGAGCAGCGACUUUCCAUGAAAAAAAGACGUUUGUGUUGCUAUUCGAGCUUCGUUAUCCCACUUCGUUAAAAGGGAUUUGGGGCCUUCUUCAAGAUAUCGCUUCGCUUGCUAUAUGUAUGCAAGCUAGGCACUGUUUGUACCAGUAUUUAUUAAGGUGUUGUUUUUAUUUGUUGAUUUUUUUGCAAUGAGUUUGCCACCGAAAGUGGUCCCCAAACAAGCCGCUGUCGCAGUUAGCGGACCUGGAAGUGGCCCCUCUCCGUCGAGCCAACUGCGGGCUCCCCUGACCUCCGUGUCUCUACCGCCGGGAGCCCCAACAGCUCCACAGCCCGGCGCUGUGCCGCAACCUCAAAUCACACGGGUUCAGCCAUCACUGGACGACCGAAUCUUCUCAACACAGACUGGAGUCACUGCAGUCUACAGCGUACCCAGGCAUGCUGGCCCACCUUACACUGCUCAUGACAUCACAAAGGGACACCCUAAUUUGGCGGGUACCCCGCCCGGUCAUGCCCACUCCCCGGCGCUCUCUCAGGUAUCCGUAGCCACAGCUUCCCCAUAUCGCUACCCAAAGGGCUGGGAGACAGGCGGAGGGUCUCCUUACAACCCUGGUCAAAAUGCUGGCUCCGCCCCUCUAGUGUAUUCUACGCAGACGCAGCAAAUAAAUGCACAGCCACAGAGUCGCCCGUUUGCUACGGGCCCUCGACCAACCCAUCAUCAGGGAGGAUUCAGGCCCAUUCAGUUUUUCCAGAGGGCUCAGAUGCAGACUACAAGGCCCACCAUGCAGACAAACGCGGCUUCCAUACGGCCUGGCUCACAGACUCCCACAGCGGCCGUCUACCCCACAAAUCCACCAAUCAUGAUGACCAUGCCACCCAUGCCUUUCCCCUCCCCACAGGCUGCACAGUACUACAUCCCACAGUAUCGCCACAGUGCACCCUAUGUGGGAGCUCCUCAGCAGUAUUCUGUUCAGCCCCCGGGAUCUGGCACCUUCUAUCCUGGUCCAGGUCCAGGGGAAUACCCUUCUCCAUAUCAUCCCCUCAGGUACCCCCCACCUGUCUCACCCUCUGUUCCUGCUCCCGUUCCCACAGCUGGUCCACCUUAUUACCCUGGACAAACUGUGUACCCCCCUUCACCCCCCAUCAUAGUGCCUACACCACAGCAACCUCCACCAGCCAAGCGCGAGAAGAAAACAUCCUCCCAGAUCCGUAUCCGGGACCCCAAUCAGGGUGGCAGGGAUAUCACAGAGGAGAUCAUGGCAGGGGGUUCAGGAAGCAGGAAUUCAACUCCUCCUGUCGGUCCCCCCUCUUCUACCCCCACCCCACCACAGUUUUUAUGGCCACACCCUCAUUAUCCUCACAUUUUCUACCUCAAAUCGCAGCAGCAGCAGCUGAGCAGCAGCCAGACCCCAGAGCAGCAGCAGCCUCAGCCUCCUCAACCACAGCAGUCCCUUCUUGGAGGCUACACAGUGGAACCACCGCAGCCCCAACACCCCCAACCUCCUCAACCGCCACAGCAGUCGGUGACAACAGGGGCUUCAGACAGCAAACCAGGGCCAGAUGAUGCACCCAAACUGGAGCCUGUUAUCCAGAAGUCUUCCUCACCUGGCCUUGUGCAGCCUGAAGCCCCUGUGGAGAGAGUGAAGGCAAACACACCUGUAACUGAGCCCACUUCUGCUAGUGAACAGGAGCUUCCCUUCCCUGCCUCACUACCCACCCAUGUUAACCUCCCACUUACAGUGGCCAACACAAGUGAACGUUCCUCAGCCAGGGAGUCCACUGCUUCUGCCUCUUCUUACUUGUCUACAGUUGGGGAGCAGAAGCCCUCUUUGGCAACACCUCAGACUCUCAACACAGACAAGCUUCUUUGUGACGCCCCAAGAACUUUGGCUGCUUCGCCUGUGUCAGCCGCCAAAGCUUUAAAUGGCCUUGCAGAGCCUAGGACUGAGCUAGACACCGCAGCUCAUGAGUCUUCAGUUAUGUCCUCUGCUGCUCUCCAGCCACAGGCCUCUGUCCCUGCUUACAGAGAGGUCACUUUCUCUGAAACUCUGCCUUCUGAUGUGAGGCCAGAGGUUCCCAUUGCUGCUGUGCUCGCCUCUAUGGCACCUGUGGCUGUGGUGCCAUUCACCCUGAGCUCAAGCCCUGCCCCGGCUUUGCCAGUUAUGCUCCCCCCUGGACUUCCGCCUCUAGUGCAGGCCACAACAGAGGCCGACGAGCCUAGCAAACCCUUAGACACUAAAGAGCUUGUCCCCAGAGUGGGUACUGAGGCACAUAGUGGCAUUACUGACAGCAAAACAGAGUCCCAGAAACAGACUCUCAUCAGGAAUAGUCCCACUACAGUAAAUCAAAUGGCUUCUGCAAUACCAAAGACCUGGAGGAAACCAAAUGAAGAGAUUGGGGCAGCAGACGGACCUCAAAAGGAGGACAAGGAUGAGCCGAUGUCAGUGGAUCCUCCUGCAGGAGACCAGGCCCUGCAGUCUGCUCCACUGAGAAACAGCCCAGUGCCCCUGCCAUCAGUCUUCGCUUCCACCCCUGCUGCAGCUUCUGCCAGCAGCCUGGAGGCUGACAGAAAGUCUGUAACCCCAGAGGAGAAUGGGGAAACUGAGAUGGAGCCCAUGAGGAACGGAGCCGGCCACACCUCAGAGACAGAAAGCAGUGACAGUGGAGCCGCACCGGGAGACAAGGAAAACUCCACAGGGGCUGCGCAAGAUAUAGAAGACCUGUCUGACCCCAGUGGAAAGCGUCAGUAUAACCGGGACUUCCUGUUGGGUUUCCAGUUCAUGCCUGCCUGCGUACAGAAGCCUGAGGGACUCCCACCUAUCAGUGAUGUGGUGCUGGACAAGAUGAACCAAAACAAGUUGCCAUCUCGAGUAGUGGAUUCAAGGGUGAUUUCCAGAGGGCCUGAUUUCACACCUGCCUUUGCAGAUUUUGGCAGACAGAUGACUGGAGGACGAGGCGCUGCACUCAUGAACAUUGGAGCUCGACGGCCUCCACCAAGAAAGAUCAUCAUGAACUUGUCAGUGCACGAUGAUGUUCAGCUGAACAAAUCAGAAAAUGCCUGGAAACCAGGCAUGAAGAGGGAGGGCCCCAUAGAUGAUCCCGAGAUGCUUCGGACAAAGGAUCUCUUCAAGAAGGUCCGCAGCAUCCUGAACAAACUUACGCCUCAGAAGUUCAACCAGCUGAUGAAGCAGGUGACAGACCUGACCAUCGACACAGAAGAGAGGCUCAAAGGGGUCAUUGACCUGGUUUUUGAGAAGGCCAUCGAUGAACCCAGCUUCUCUGUGGCCUAUGGAAACAUGUGUCGCUGUCUCGCUACGCUCAGAGUGCCCACCACAGACAAACCCAACAACACGGUGAACUUUCGCAAGCUGCUGCUUAACCGCUGUCAGAAGGAGUUUGAGAAAGACAAGGUGGAUGAUGUGGUGUUUGAGAGGAAGCAGAAGGAACUCGACUCUGCUGCAUCGACGACGGAGCGUGACCGUCUUCAGGAAGAGCUGGAGGAAGCCAAGGACAAGGCCCGGCGGCGCUCCAUUGGCAACAUCAAGUUCAUCGGCGAACUCUUCAAGCUCAAGAUGUUAACUGAGGCCAUCAUGCAUGACUGUGUGGUCAAGCUACUGAAGAACCACGAUGAGGAGUCUUUAGAGUGUCUGUGCAGGCUGCUUACCACCAUUGGCAAGGACCUCGAUUUUGAGAAGGCCAAGCCUCGAAUGGAUCAGUAUUUCCAUCAGAUGGAAAAAAUCAUCAAAGAGAGGAAGACAUCGUCUCGGAUACGGUUUAUGUUACAGGAUGUUAUAGACCUAAGAUUGCACAACUGGGUGUCCAGAAGAGCUGACCAGGGCCCGAAAACCAUCGAGCAGAUCCACAAGGAAGCCAAGAUUGAAGAGCAAGAAGAGCAGAGAAAAGUGCACCAGCAGUUGCUUUCCAAGGACAGCAAGAGGCGGCCAGAUCCAAGAGAGCAACGAGAGCAAAGAGAUCAGCGCGUCCAGAGAGAGGAGACCUGGAACACUGUGCCAAUGACAAAGAACAGCAGGACCAUCGACCCUAACAAGAUCCCAAAGAUCUCCAAGCCUCAAAUGGAUGAGAAGAUCCAGCUGGGCCCACGGGCUCAAGUCACAUGGGUGAAGGGCAGCAGUGGAGGAGCCAAGGCCAGCGACUCAGAACUGUCACGCACAGCUGGCCUCAAUCGUUUUUCUGCGCUGCAGUCCACGCCUUCAUCUCAAGCCUCCACCACACCUCCACAGAACCAAGACUUUGAUGCCAGGAGGAGUCUUGGAAGCCGUAGCAGUACAGGCAGAGAGCGCAACGACAAGCCGCUGAUCUCUGCCCCACCACUGUCGCGGCCUGACCCCUUCAUCAGGGGAAGCAGUGCAAAAGAGCUGCUAGAGAGCCAAACUCCAGAGGAGCCACGCAGAGACCGGGAGCGAGAGGGAGCUGAGCCCCGGAGGCCGAGUGUCACAGAGGAAAAAACUGAGCCAGAGCGCAACAGAGUCAAAGAGCCUGUGAAACCUGAGCCUGUGGUCCAGAACCCAGACAAACCAGCCCUAUCUGAAGGGGAGAUUGAGAGGAAGUCCAAGUCCAUCAUCGACGAGUUCCUGCACAUUAACGAUUACAAGGAGGCUGUCCAGUGUGUGGACGAACUUGAUUUGGGUAUUCAACUGCACAUCUUUGUAAGUGUCGGGGUGGAGUCAACUCUGGAGCGCAGUCAGAUCACACGUGACCACAUGGGCCAGCUCUUCUUCCAGCUCGUACAGAAGGGAAUCCUGCCCAAACUGCAGUUCUACAAAGGGUUUGCAGAAACGCUGGAGCAAGCAGACGACAUGGCCAUCGACAUUCCCCACAUCUGGCUGUACCUGGCUGAGCUGCUUGGCCCUGUGCUGAGGGAAGGGGGCUUCUCUAUGAGAGAGCUCUUUAGUGAAUUAAGCAAACCUUUGCUUCCUGUGGGAAGAGCUGGGAUCUUAAUUUCUGAAGUACUGCACAUACUAUGCAAACACAUGAGCCACAAGGCUGUGGCCUCUCUGUGGAGGGAAUCUGGUCUCAGUUGGGCUGACUUUCUACCCGAGGAAGAGGAUGUCCAGGCCUUCAUCUCACAACAGAAACUCCAGUUUCUUCAGUCAGACAGCUCCAGCUCUGAGGCAGUUAUGUCUAAAAAGACGUUGUCUCCAGAGGAGCUGAGACGCCAGCUGGAGAGACUCCUCCUGGAGGACAUGGCCAGUGACGAGCAGAUCUUCGACUGGGUGGAGGAAAACCUAGAUGAAUCUCAGAUGAGCUCGUCUCCCUUCCUGAGGGCUUUGAUGACAUCUGUGUGUAAGGCAGCAGUGAAGGAUGAUAACAGCAACUGUCGAGUGGACACGGCCAUCAUUCAGAUGAGAUUGCCUGUAUUACUCAAGUACCUUAACUCAGACACUGAGCGACAGCUGCAAGCACUUUAUGCACUUCAGGCGCUGAUCGUCGCCCUGGAUCAGCCUCCGAACCUUCUCCGGAUGUUCUUUGACUGUCUGUAUGAUGAGGACGUCAUUUCUGAGGACGCUUUCUACAAGUGGGAGACGAGCAAAGACCCCGCCGAGCAGCAGGGUAAGGGCGUGGCCCUCAAGUCUGUUACAGCCUUCUUCACUUGGCUGCGGGAGGCAGAGGAGGAGUCGGAAGAUAAUUGACAAGGGAGACAUCCAGGGACAUGACGUAGUAGAACUACAUCCUUAAAGCAGAACAAACGUUCAAAAUGGUUGCGUGGGCAGGACGACAUGUUUACGGCUGGAAUUUUUUUUCUGCGGUACGGUUCUGAAACAUGCCGCCAUUUUGAGUUUGGAUUUCAAUGGCGGAAGCACUAAAUACCUGUAUUAUACAUAGAAAAUAUUUUUGUUUUAAAGUUUAACUUACUUUCCUUUUGUUACUUUAUAAGAAGAGACUUAAAAGAUACAUUGGUUCUGGACUCUUUAAUUUAUUAUUUUUUUAAGGACUGCAAAUAUGAAAGUUAUUUAACAUUUGCAGAUGCUCACAACAACAGAACAGAAAUAACAAUAUAAUUAAUUAUAAUAACAAAAUAAUAAUUGUGAAAUGAGUACCCUCCCUGGACUCCACACUGUUUGGUUUAAAACAGGGUUAAACAAAAUCAUUUUGGGAUGAAGGGGAAGCGGUCAUUAAGAAGCAGAGUGGAUGCAGAUGAACUGUUAACGUUGUUCGUGUAUGACGUUUGAGGUCAAGGGUUGUAUCCUAAAACCCAAUAAGCCGUGACUUGUUUUGCAUUGAUAUGUACAUACACCUCAUGAGAGGUAGAGGUAUGCAUUCAAGAACCAAUGCAAGUCAGACCACAGAACUGUCAAAACAAUCGCAGAUGAACAAACCACAUACAUUCAACUGAAAUAAGCAAAAAUGCAACUUUAAAAAGCUAAUGGCCAGGUUCGCUGAACAAGACAUGCUUGUUGUACUUCAGACCUACAGAGCAGAAUCAGUGCUUGUAAAUACAUUAAAGACAAAAAAGGUGUUUAAAAA